UUGGGGGCUCCUGUUUGAGUAAUGAUGAGCCACGCCAUGUGCCGCGGAGACAUUCUUCACGCAUCUCGGCGCCCUGCGCUGGCGACUCCUAGUCCCUGUGCAGGACAUUGUGAGGGUGCAAGCGUCUCAUACUUAUCCCCGGGCAAACCCCACUCAUCUGCCGUCAGAAAUUACUCACCAAGGCUCAGGGAACUGACUGCUCGGCCACAAGCAUGGCUCGUCUGUCGAUAUUCUGCCUAGCAUACUUCACCCUUGCCUUUCUCUCCUGCGCAAACGCAUGGACGCUAACCUGGCGAAAUGAUACUGGUGCCCAAAUAGUGGACGGCGACUCUAUCCAAAACUGUACCAGAAUUUAUCAUACGCAAGGCGAGGAAUUCACAUUCAACCCGGAAGGCAAAUGGUGCCUGAAAUUUUGGGACGAGUCAACAUGCGAGACGCAGAUCGGAAAGACAUGCGAGGGACGGAGGUGGAAACAGAUUGCUUCGCGGAAUAUUUCAGCAUUUAACGUGUACGCGAUGCCGCCUGCGGACAUUAGCGCGAACGGUAUGGCGAGUACAAGUACGACAUCCACAUCGAGCACAUCCUCCACGACGGCUACGACGUCUUCUGCGACUACGAGUCCGGUAACAAGUGAAACUACCCAAUCCGGAACUGACAAUCCCCCGAGCGACUCGCUGUCUGGUGGUGCAAUUGCCGGCAUUGUUGUUGGUGCCGUUGCCGGUGUUGCUAUCCUCGCUGCGUUGUUCUUCUUUUGGGGUCGACGGAAGCGCAACGCUGCUGCACCGGCUUUGGCUGGUGCAACUCCAGCUCCUGGUCCAGAUCGAACUUUACCCGAGGCUGUGGAUCCAUCCAAGCCAGCCAUGUCAGAAACACAGACCCAGGUUUCUUCGGUGUCACCAUAUGGUUAUCCUGCCAGUGGGGGUAAGACUGUGGAGCUACCGGGGGAGAAGGUUGGCGCUGAAUUGAGCAGCAGCCGUCAGCUGGUAGAAAUGGGCAACACUCCCUUGGCGGAGAUGGAUGGAACGAGCACUGUUAAACGUCCCUGAUUGUACGGUUUAUGAUACUUUCGGGGACAUUGGACGACAACUACUACCAAUGAGGCGACGUUUACACGGCCUACACUUGACCGCCGUGCACUGCAUUUGUUAUAUACACUAUAAUUUCGAUAUAUGAUACCAAUUUGGAGUUUUGCAAUCUAGGAUAAUAUAGCACUUCCGGCC